AUUAAAUAACGUAAGUAAAUAAUAUUAUGAAACAAGGGGAAGGACUUGUCCGCCCCGGGGGGAUGUGGAGGAAGAUAGGAUUUUUAGGGUUGAGGCGUUUUGUUCCUGAAAAAUCAGGAAAACGAAUGAUGAUAGAGGAUCGCAGCCUCCCAUUGUGAAGUCAAAGUCUGCCUUGACCCAAAAGCUGUGACUGAUAAAUGCUGAGCUAGCCCAGCCUGCAUGCUGUCAUAAAUCAACCAGGGAGUUAACAAUGGAGGCCCAUGUGCAGUUCCUCACGUUCUUCGUCUUCCUUUCCUCUUUCCCGCUUUCCCUUUCUCAACCGGGCAUGGAACACUGGGAGUGCGGACCAUCCCCUUGUGGAAAAGUUCGAAAUAUCGAUUACCCCUUCUGGUCAGACAAAAGUUAUUGUGGCCGACCUGGGUUCCAGCUAGAUUGUCCCCAAGAUGAAGAUAACUUCCCUUCCAUUCACAUCGAUUCACAGACCUUCAAUGUCACACAGAUUGACUCAUCCACUUACAGGAUGACACUGGUGCGAACAGACUUUGUCUAUGAUAAUUGUUCUUCUUUUCCGACGAACACUUCUGUGAGCACCCCUCUCAAUCUCUUCCAUUAUGAUGAGCCGUCUGUGAAGAACGUGACCCUAUUCUACCACUGCUCAGAGGAAUCCGCUGGGGAAGUCCAAUUUCCAUGCCACCCUUGGACAAGCUCUAAUUCUAAUUCUCGCAACUAUGCUUUCUAUUCGGAAGAUGUCCAUACUGACAUGCCAUUCCAGCACGGUCUUGACAAAUGUAAGCAUCGUAUUCAGGUGCCGCUUUCAAUAGAAUCUCAUGGGUAUACUCGACAUAAAAUCCAAGCCCUUCAAGAAGCUUUGGGUAAAGGGUUUCGUGUGCAGUAUGAUGUCGAUCGGUCUUGCGGAAAAUGCUGGGAGUCUCAUGGAAUAUGUGGGUCGAAUGAUACGUCUCCGUUUAUCUGCUAUUGCCCCGAUGGGCAUCAUCCUCUUAACUGUUCUGUUUCUUCCCUCCUUCGAUCGUUCCAGUUCUCCCGGUAAGCGCCUCUCCU